GGCCACGAUCUCCUUCUUCGAGCAGGAUUUCUCCGCCAGGCUCACUCCGGAAUCUUCCAUCUUCUGCCCCUGGGACUGCGCGUGCAAGACAAGAUCGAACGCUUGAUCGACAAGCAUAUGCAGACUGUUGGUGCUGUAAAGGUCUCUUUAUCAUCAGUCUCCUCGCAAGAACUUUGGGAGCGAUCUGGACGUUUGGAGGGCCGCGACUCGGAGCUCUUCCAACUAGAGGAUCGGAAAGGUGCUAAAUUCUUGCUAUCGCCUACCCACGAAGAAGAAAUCACCACGAUUGUCAAGAAUGCCGUACAAUCCUACAAGGACCUACCACUGCGUUUGUACCAAGUCACCAGGAAAUAUCGCGAUGAGGCACGUCCGCGGCAAGGUUUGUUGCGAGGCCGCGAAUUUGUCAUGAAGGAUCUCUACACUUUCGACGUCACCGAGGAGAAAGCUAUGGAGACGUACUCCGAUGUCUCCAAGGCGUAUCGAAACUUUUUCGAUGAACUUGCACUACCCUAUCUGGUUGCAAAUGCCGACUCGGGAAGUAUGGGCGGCGACCAUAGCCACGAGUACCACUUUGCUUCGACGAAAGGAGAAGACACGAUCAUCAGCUGCCAGUCGUGCCAACAUACGAUAAAUGAAGAACUGUGGCGGCCAACUCAUGUCGAGAUGGAGAGCGAUGCUGACACACCAUUUCGUGUCUGGAUUGGACCACCGGACCCGCCUUCUGAUAAUACUUCUGCACUGGUCGAGGUGUAUAUACCCCAAGGGUCUCGGAUCAACACACAUGCACUCAAGGAAUUGGUACCAGGACUGGACACGAGCGGCUUCUUCGAUCUCGACCAGACACUCUCGACCUAUUAUCCAAACACGACGACUCUGCCGGGCUCAUGGCAACGGAUUUCCAUCCGCGAUCCCCGAGUCUCGAUGUCUUCCAUACUGUCGAAGCCCAGCGACCGUGGUGGCCCGUCUUCUACCAUGACCUCUCCGUUCAUCCUCACGAAGCCUGAAGCCGACUCUGCUUGUCCAUCGUGUGGAUCGCAAACACUUUCUUUCACACCAACAGUGGAGAUUGGUCAUACCUUCCACCUCGGGACUCGCUACUCGAAGCCACUUGAUGCUAAAGUCCAGACCGAGCAGAAUAUGAUACAAGACAUACAGAUGGGCUGCCAUGGCAUCGGAGUGUCACGGCUGAUGGGUGCUGUGGCUUCGCUACUGGCCGAUGAGAGGGGUCUGAACUGGCCAAUCAAGAUAGCUCCUUAUGGCGUGGUGAUCGUUGGAGCAGGGGCCGUUGCUGACCAAGAGGUGAAUAAGGUGUAUGAUCGAUUGGCUGGACUUGACGCAACCAUCGAUGAUCGCGAACGACCUUUCGGCUGGAAGCUGAAGGACGCGGAUUUGAUCGGAUACCCUUUCAUUGUAAUCCUCGGCAAGUCGUGGAAAGAACGAGAAGCCGUCGAGCUACAGUGCAGGAGAUUGGGAAUCAAGGAAAAGGUUGCGAUAGAGGAGAUCAACGUGAGAAUGGAAGAGCUGGCAGCUAAGCUUUGA